AUGAAGGCCCUUGGUGUUGACCUCAUGAUAUUCCUUGAGCUUGUAUCGGCCUUGGCUGCGACUGCUAAAGGCGAGACUGCAUACCCUCCGUGUGGAACUCUAUCGACAUUUUCCAUUCAAAAAUGGCCCGUCGAUACCAACAACGACACUGAUUUCGGGUUUCGCCUGUCGACUGGCUUCGAUGGUUAUACAUCACUCUGUAGUGGGCAAUGGCAAGGGGGAACCGAGUGGCAGGAAUGCGACGAGAAUUCCGAGGACUCUAAUACCAUGUUCAGGGGAACAACUAAUGGGUAUCUUGAUGUGACUCACAGGUACCUCUGCAAGCGACCGGAUGAGCCUGAGGGGAGGGAUGCUAUAGCUCUGGCUAUUGCAAAUGGCUCUGUGAUAACCGAUUUUUCCGAGAAGGAUAGUCUUACUUUCAACGCGUAUAUCAAGACGAUGCACCGGAGGCCCAACACGGAAUGUGCGGAUGCAUCACAUCAUCCAAAGUGGAUUGUCGAUGGUUUUGACUAUGGUAUCGGAUACCUAAAUACCCCUGGAGGUCCAGGACCGGGCGGAAUUGCUGGAGUUAUCGCUUCAGUCAGUUUCGAUUUUCUGAACGAGGCGAACGAUUUCUCCAUUCAUUGCUUCGCAUCAUAUAUAUCAGGAUCUCUAUCAAUUGGCAACGACACAAUCAUUGACCCCAACAAAGAUUGGCCCUGCCCUAGCCCGUACGGAAGUGAUCUGGUACCUCCUGAGGAUUAUCCGACGACUUUGUUUAGAUUUGACAAGGCGAAGCGCCAACUCGCUCUGCAACAGAAAUGGGAAUGUGAUGACCACGAGGAGAGGUGA